AGUGAAUAUUUCUAUAAAUAUAAACUUACGUUAUAAAAGGAUCCAGAGUAUUAGUAGUAAGCAAGUGAUAUUAAGUUCCGCUUUUUAUACAAUAAGAGAUGCUUGGAAAUACCCGAACGCAAAUGUAGAAUUUAACGAUAAAAAUAUUUGCUAUCUCGAUUCUGGAAGAAAGAUAAAAGAGUGGGAGAUCGGAUAUAAAGACGUGUCGUGCUUCGCGAAGAUAGAAACCGAUUUCAUCAUGUGGGAGUACCGAGCUAUCGGCCUUCUGGCCUUGCUGGCCAUUCUAGUGUCCGCUCAUGCUGAAGUAUCGUUUCUUUCUUACGCGAAGAAGAUCCAUGAUCCAGUGAUAAUUACUCUUCGCGAAAAGAGAGGUGCUGGAUACGGCGGAGGUUCCGGUGCAUACAGUUCAGCAAGCAGUUCUGCCAAUGCUAAUGCAUAUGGUGGUGCCAAUAGUUUUGCAAGCUCAAGUGCACAAGCCAGUGCACAAGCCGGAGGAAAAUCGUCAGCCCUAUCCACUGCCAAUGCCAACGCUGGAGCAGGUGGAUAUGGUAGUGGAUCCGGAGGCGGUGGUGGACUAGGAGGAGGUGGUGGAUUAGGCGGUGGUCACGGAGGAGGAUUAGGAGGAGGUGGUGGAUUAGGCGGUGGUGGUUGUGGAUCUGGUGGUUGCGGAGGUGGUAGCGGAUCGGGUGGAUAUGGAGGUGGCGGCAGCGGAGGCGGUGGAUAUGGAGGUGGCGGCAGCGGAGGUGGAGGUUAUGGAGGCGGAGGAAGCGGAUUAGGCGGAGGUCACGGAGGUGGUGGUAGCGGAGGUGGUGGUUAUGGAGGCGGAGGAAGCGGAUUAGGUGGAGGAAGCGGAUUAGGCGGAGGUCACGGAGGUGGUGGUAGCGGAGGUGGUGGUUAUGGAAGCGGAGGAAGUGGAUUAGGCGGAGGAAGCGGAUUAGGCGGAGGAAGCGGAUUAGGCGGAGGUCACGGAGGUGGUGGUUAUGGAGGCGGAGGAAGCGGAUUAGGCGGAGGUCACGGAGGUGGCGGAAGCGGUGGUUAUGGAGGUAGUGGAAGCGGUGGUUAUGGAGGCGGUGGAAGCGGAUUAGGCGGUGGAAGUGGAUUAGGCGGUGGUCACGGAGGAGGAUCAGGCGGCGGUGGUUGUGGAGCUGGUGGCUGUGGAGGUGGUAGCGGAUCCGGUGGAUACGGGGGUGGUAGUAGCGGAGCCGGUGGAUACGGAGGUGGUGGUAGCGGAGCCGGAGGAUAUGGAGGUGGCGGUAGCGGAAGUGGUGGAUACGGAGGUGGUCCUGUAAAAGGCACACCAAUUGGUGGAGGUUACGGCGGUGGUGGUGGUGGAUACGGAGGUGGAAGUAGUGGCUCCGGUGGAUACGGUGGUGGAUCUGCAGGUUCUGGUGGAUAUGGAGGAAGUAGUGGAGGAGGUCAUGGAGGAGGUGGAGGCCUCGGCGGUGGAGGUGGACAUGGUGGAGGUCUAGGUGGAGGACUUGGCGGAGGUUUAGGUGGAGGACUUGGUGGAGGACUUGGCGGAGGUUUAGGCGGAGGUUUAGGUGGAGGACUAGGUGGAAGUGGCGCAGGCGGCUACGGAGGUGGUAGUGGUAGUGCUAGUGCAAGUGCAAAUGCACAGGCUAGUGCUAAUGCAGGAAGCUCUGGUGGAGGUGGUGGUUGCGGCGGAAGCUGCGGUGGUGGCUAUGGCGGUCAUGGUGGUCAUGGCCCUGGUACAGAUAUUUUCUCCCGUAUUGGUGGCAUAGAUGAAGGAGCAAGUCAAAGUGGUAGUGUGCACGGUGCAAAAGGUGUUUACAGCAGUAGUGCCGCAAAUAUUGAUUCGACCGGUAAAGGAUCCUACAAAGUAUCUGCUGGAAAAAUCCCAUGAAUCACCUAAAUGGAGAUUGAAGAAUUCGCCGAAGAAUUUUUAAAAUUUAAGCAACUAUCUUUUUAACUCGAUACAAUGUCUGUACUUAUAUAUCUUCAUGAUUUUCGAUGCUAGAAACAAACUAAUAAAAGCAUAAUUUUGUUAUGUGA